AUGACUGAGAAUCGUCGGGUGGUGGUUUUGGCUCUGCUUUUACUCUGCAUUGUUUGGUUUGAGCCAAGUUUCAUCCUUGGUGCUACAGAUGCAUCAGAUACUUCUGCGUUGAACAUCAUGUUCACCUCCAUGAAUUCUCCAGGACAGCUAUCACAAUGGACAGCAUCAGGAGGUGAUCCUUGUGGCCAAAACUGGAGAGGCGUUACUUGCUCUGGUUCACGAGUUACUCAAAUAAAGUUACCAAGUCUUGGACUGUCUGGAACACUUGGAUAUACGCUUGAUAAAUUGACUUCUGUUACUGAGUUUGAUCUAAGCAACAAUAACCUUGGAGGCGAUUUGCCGUAUCAGCUUCCUCCAAACUUGGAGCGAUUGAAUCUUGCUAAUAACCAGUUCACUGGAUCUGCUCAAUAUUCCAUUUCUCUGAUGGCACCUCUCAAGUACCUCAAUCUUGCUCACAACCAGUUGAAGCAACUAGCUAUCGACUUCACGAAACUUACCUCUCUCUCUAUCUUGGACCUCUCUUCCAAUGCUAUCACAGGGUCUCUCCCAAACUCCUGUAGCUUUCUUACAAGUGCAAAAUCAAUUUAUCUUCAGAACAAUCAGUUCUCAGGUACCAUCGAUAUCCUAGCCACCCUUCCUCUUGAGAAUCUGAAUAUUGCAAACAAUAGAUUCACAGGCUGGGUUCCUGAUUCUUUGAAAGGCAUUAACUUGCAAAAAGAUGGUAAUUUAUUCACUUCUGGGCCUGCACCUCCACCACCUCCGGGUACACCUCCGAUCAGUAAAUCACCUACUCCGAAAUCCGGUAACCGUGAAACCCGGUCCAAUGGUGAUUCCAGUAGUAGUAGCAAAGACUCCAACAAAUCAGGGAUUGGAGCUGGUGGAAUAGCAGGAAUAGUCAUUUCAUUGAUAAUUGUAGCAGCAGUCAUAGCUUUCUUCUUGUUCAAAAGAAAAAGAUCAAAGAGGUCAUCAUCAUCCACAGACAUUGAAAAGACUGAUAGUAACAUUAACCAACCCAUUGUACUAGCUUCAAGUGAAUUCCAUCAAGAGAAUAAGUCUGUACAGAAUCCACCAUUAGUUGAGACAAAGAAACUGGAUACUUCAUUGUCGAUGAAUCUACGCCCUCCACCAGCUGAGCGACAUAAGUCGUUUGAUGAUGAUGAUUCAACAAUGAGAAAACCCAUUGUUGCAAAGAAAGCUGCUGUUGUUAUGUCUUGA